AUAUAAAUAUGUGAUAUUUUAUAGAUAUUGAUCAGUCAGUAUUGAUAUAGAUUUUUUGUAGUAUAAUUUAUAUACGUAUAAAUAACAUGAUGUCUAAAAUAACUAUCCUAUGCUCUAUAGUUUUAUUAGUUCAGGAAAUCUCAAGCCAUUAUCUCAACUACGGAAACUUGCAAAAUGGAGUAGGAAACAGUUAUGCAGCAAAUAAUCCUGGAUCGAAUCCUUAUGCAGCCAACAAUCUUGGAGCUAAUAAUCCUGCAAAUGCUCACGGACUAAACAAUGUGGCUGCAAAUAUGAUAGCUACUGGAAAUAAUUUAAAUCUCGCCAAUAAUUUAGCUUCAAAUGUGCCGUACAACUUAGGACAAAACUUACCAACCAAUAGUGCUAUAAACGUCGCCAAUGUAGCUUCAACUCCUAUAAACACUGGGUUAUUCGAAGGUAUAUCAGCAUCUAACGGAGGUGUAUUUUCUGUGACCAGUGUGUCACCUAUAGUUCCAUCAGGAUUAUCUGUGUUUUCUGACAAUUUGUUGAUAGAAGGCCCUCUUACUGUAACAGGGCAGUUACCAUUCUUAAGUGCUGUUGCUGUAGAAGGUGCUUUGCCCAGCAGUGGCCAAGGGGUUGCUGGUUGCGGAUGUGGAGAUGGCAACAUAGGGAUUGUCAACGAAUUGAAUAAUGCUGGACUGUACGGUGGCCUGGGCAAGCCAGGUUUGGGCUUGGCAGGGCGGUUUUUCUAAAUAAGAUUAUUUAUUGAAUUAUUUAUUAAUAAAAUAUUAUUUAUAAUACUGAA